AUGCUGCCCCCUUGGACCAUCGGCCUUCUCCUGCUGGCCACAGUCAGAGGAAAGGAGGUCUGCUAUACACCUCUUGGCUGCUUUUCUGAUGAAAAACCAUGGGCCGGGACCCUUCAGCGGCCUUUAAAGUCACUUCCCUGGUCCCCCGAGGAGGUUAACACCCGCUUUCUUCUGUACACGAAUAAGAAUCCAGACAGUUACCAACUGAUCACUGCCAGAGACGUAGCCACCAUCAAGUCUUCAAAUUUCCAGUCGAGCCGCAAGACACACUUCGUCAUCCAUGGCUUCAGAGACAGAGGGGAAGACAGCUGGCCGUCCGACAUGUGCAAGAAAAUAUUGCAAGUGGAGACCGCGAACUGCAUCAGUGUGGAUUGGAGUUCCGGGGCCAAGGCAGAAUAUACUCAAGCCGUGCAGAACAUCCGGAUCGUGGGAGCGGAGACAGCUUACUUAAUACAACAGCUGUCGACCGAGCUGAGCUACAACCCCAAGAACGUGCACAUCAUCGGCCACAGCCUGGGCGCGCACACGGCGGGGGAGGCUGGCCGGAGGCUGGAGGGCCGCGUGGGCAGGGUCACAGGAUUGGAUCCAGCAGAGCCAUGCUUCCAGGAUGCAUCCGAGGAGAUUCGCCUGGACCCAUCUGAUGCCCAGUUUGUGGAUGUGAUUCACACGGAUGCUUCUCCGAUGCUCCCUUCCCUAGGUUUUGGAAUGAGCCAAAAGGUGGGCCAUAUGGAUUUCUUUCCAAAUGGAGGAAAGCAAAUGCCUGGAUGUAAGAGAAGUUCCUUUUCAACCUUCAUUGACAUAAAUGGAAUAUGGCAAGGAACCCAAGACUAUCUGGCUUGCAACCACCUAAGAAGCUUCGAGUAUUACUCCAGCAGUAUCCUCAACCCUGAUGGCUUCCUGGCCUACCCAUGUGACUCCUACGAUAAGUUUCAGGAGAAUGGCUGUUUCCCUUGUCCAGCUGGUGGAUGCCCCAAAAUGGGGCACUAUGCUGACCAGUAUAAGGAGAAAACCAGUGCUGUGGAACAAACCUUUUUCCUGAACACAGGAGAAAGUGGUGACUAUACUUCUUGGAGAUAUAGAGUAUCCAUCACACUGGCUGGAAGCGGGAAAGCGAAUGGGUACCUCAAGGUUACUUUGCGUGGAAGUAAUGGAAACUCAAAACAAUAUGAAAUUUUCAAAGGAUCCCUCCAACCAGAUUCAAGUUAUACACUUGACGUUGAUGUGAAUUUCAUUAUUGGAAAAAUUCAGGAGGUUAAGUUCGUCUGGAACAAAACUGGGUUAAAUCUCUCCAAGCCCCAACUGGGGGCUUCCCGGAUCACAGUCCAAAGCGGUGCAGAUGGGACUGAGUAUAAGUUUUGUGGCAGCAGCACCGUGCAAGACAACGUUGAACAGUCUCUGUACCCUUGUUAA